AAAAAGCAAAACGUCAGAACUGAACGCCAGUAAAUAUAACCUAAAAAUUUGUUAGCGCAAAUAACAAAUAAAUACUAAAAAUAACAUAAUUUCAUAACUUAUUUUCUGUGAAUAAUACACUAUAACAAUGGCAGAUGAUGGAGAAAAUGUUUCUGUUAUGACAGUGAAGGAGCCCCUAGAUUUAAUUCGACUCAGUUUAGAUGAACGGAUCUAUGUGAAAAUGAGAAAUGAACGUGAACUUAGAGGCAAGCUUCAUGCAUAUGAUCAACAUUUGAACAUGGUUCUCGGUGAUGCAGAAGAAACCAUAACAACGGUGGAAAUCGAUGAGGAGACCUACGAAGAAGUAUACAGGACUACUAAGAGAAACAUUCCCAUGUUGUUUGUGAGAGGUGACGGUGUAAUUUUAGUGUCACCACCUGUCAGAGUUGGACUUUAAUUCUUAGCAUAUUUUUUACACAGCAAGUCUGUCCUGACAAUGGUGUUUCAGUUUAAAAGCAACUAGAGGGUUCAACUUAACACUGAAUAGUACUAAUUCUUAGCACAAGAGUAUUACAGUAUAAUGUAGUAUUAAGUAUGUAUGUAUAAUAUUAGUGAUUGGAACAUGCAAAUAUCUUUUCCGAAACAUGGAUAAUAUUAUUGUUUAUUACAGUCCAUAAUAUAAAAUUUUGUGCUUAGACAGCAUAAUAAAAAUUACCAAAAUUACAUACAUGACUUUCAAAGCACAAGUGUGUGGGAAUGGGGGUUGAUAUCUUAUUUUAAUUUAAUAUUGUAGUAACACCUAUCUUAAAACAUUUAAAAGCUAGUGGCAGAGCAGGCCUUUUGCUAGUGACAAAACUAAAAACUACAAUUUGUAAUGGUGCUUUACUCUCUUUAAUUAAAAACUGGACUGUAAGUUGUAGUUACAUAG